AUGCCUUGCUCGGGUAAUGGUGGCUCUGCUCGGGUCGACAUCCUUUCCACCGUACUCGUGGGACCAGUUAUGAGUUGUGAUCAAAUAAACCCUAAACAAACUAAACUUUCUAUGAUGGACGUGGAGGAGGAGUGUAGAAGUAGGAAAAAAGGAAUUUUGUGUGUAUCAUUGAGUAGAACUAGCUCUGUCUCCUCUGUGAGAUCUGCGGAUUCCGACAUUAAAGAGACCGGUGGAAGUGUUAAAAGAAGAAAAGUGGUAGAAGAUAAAGAGCAGGAUUCUGAUCUUACUGUUGAGCCCGAAAGGUUGUCACUGGAAAAUGUAAGGGCCGAGAGGAAGGAACUGGAGGCUUUUCUGUUCAAUGAAGCAAAUAAGGUGACCAAGGCUGCAGUUAAAAUCAUUUUGGAUAAAUGGGCGUCCUUGGAAGCAGCGCUCCUAGCAGAAAUAAUGAAAGUUGAAAGGUUAUCAGCCACACGGGAAUUACAUUGUACCAAGCCAGUAAAUACUUACGCUCAGGUGGUAGCUGGCGGAGUAGCUCCUGCUGGCGCACAUCUGAAACCUGAAACAGUAAAAGAGAAGCAUGAAGUAUUGAUAAUUAAACCUGAAAAUGAAAAUGACCCUAGAUCUAAUGAUGAAAUUAAAGCUAAAGUAACAGAAGUUCUAAAGAAAAACAGAUCUCAAAUAAGAAUUAAACAAGUAAGGCAAUUGAGAAAUAAAGGCGUUGUGGUUGAGGUUAAAGACAAACGUGAUAUUGAAAUUAUAAAAAAUUCGAAAUUUAAGGAAGUUGGUUUAAAAACUGCAGAGCCUAAGAAAAUUAAUCCCAGUAUAAUUAUAUAUGACGUUGAAAAGGAGUAUAAAGCAGACGAGUUGAAAGAAGAUCUGAUUUUCAAGAAUCUGGAAGUUAGAGACGACGAGUAUGCUGAAAAAUUGAAAAGGAGUAUAGACUUUCGUCAUUGUUUUAAAACUAAAAAUGAGAGUAGAGUAAAUUGGAUAGUCCAACUACCAGCUAAGGAGUAUAGCGCACUGAUGUUGUCAAGGAAAGUGUAUAUGUUCUGGAGGAUAUAUAAGCUAAAGGAAUAUCUAAACGUUAUGCGUUGCUAUAAAUGUCAAGGAUAUGGGCAUAUAGCAAAAUUUUGUCAGGCAAAACAGCAAUGCUGUGAAAAUUGUGGCAAUACCGAACACGAAAGGAAGGAUUGUCCUAGAAAGGAUAAGCCGCAGUGUAUAAAUUGUAUCCGCACGAAAAGAAAGGACACAAACCAUAGUGUUACAAACAAACUUUGCCCUGAGCUGCAGCGGCAAAUUGAUCUAUAUAGAAAUAGAAUAAACUGGACCUAA